AUGAGUUCUCACAAUUGGCCUUCGGUCCAAAAUGGCCAACUUCAAUACCCACCAUUCAAUCCCAACACAGCUUCCUACGCGUCGGAAGAUACUCAAGCUUUUACUUCGGACCUCAUCGACCCUGCUCUGACCUCUCUUGCCUCCACUUACCACCUCAAUCCUGAGCAUGACAUCAAUGGUGCUGGCGGCAUGAUCGGCCUCACCCUCGACCAGUACAAGACUGGCCACCGUGCUUCAAUUGCACCUUCUCUUCCAUCAGCUACGCCUGUCAGCAACAAGCGUCAGCUUCCACAUGAUCAGAUGAUGAGCUCUCCAGAUAGUCAGUCUGGAGAGAAUGCUGGCAAUCACCAGACCCAACCCAAGAAGCGUCCUCGUAAGGGCCCCAGUGGAAAGGCAACACCCCAUAUUCCACGCUCACGAACUCUUGUCCUCGGCGAAUCUGUAUUCUCCCCUGAAGAUUUUGCUGCUGGCUUGGAGUACUUCAAGAAGAUAUCGACUGGUCAAUCGCUUGAGGAUGAUGACCUCAGCAAAAUGAGAGACUUUCUAACCUGGGGUGAAGACGAGCAACGCAAGUGGCUUGCGAAACUGUCGCCAGAGCAGUUUGGAGUCGUUCUCUUCGCAGAGAAGCAGGAUCGUGACCUCCAACAAUCUGUGGUUGCUCAACCUAACAACUCGCAUGCUAUCAAGCUUCAAAACCACGAUGCUACCUCAUCAUUUGGCAUCCAGCAGCAAGGCAAUGGUGUGCACAAUGGCGCCCAAUACCAACAUGCACAAAACAUGAUGGAUUUUAAUAAUCUGUCGAAUUUCAACCAACAAUUUUCUCCGCUUGCCCAAAAUGCCAACUUCCAGCAAAUGGCAAUGCAGAAUCCUCAUGGUCAUUCAGUUCAAUUUGGCUCACACAUUCCUACCUUCAUCGUUUGCCCCGGCGGUCAGCUCAUACCUGAGCAACAAAAUAUGUUUGGGAACAUGCCAGCUAUUCCUGGCUAUCAAUCUUCAAACAUGCAAACUUCCGGAGCUUAUAAACAGCAAAUCAUGGUCAAUGGACAGCUCAUGACUGUUAAUUUACAGCCUGCCUUUGGUGGCCACCAAGGUGGAAAUUUCAAUUCGCACCAGCUAACUCCGGGUGCUCUUGGCUAUGUCCCUCAGCAAUACGGUACAAAUGUCAACCAGACCUUCAAUUCUAUGGGUCAACAAAAUCCCACGACUACAUACUCUCUACCAUCUGGCCGCCAGCUCAACAACACCAACCAGGGUGAGAACUUCGUGCUUCCAACCUUGAGUCAUGCGGCUAGAGUUGCAGAGGCCCAGCUUAGAGCCGCCACCAUGAGACGCCAGCACGCUGACCUUCGUGCACGUGGGUUGCCAGUACCAAAUGUACCAAACCAUCCGAAGCUUCCUCCAUUGGUGAUGUCAGGUCCAGUCUUGGGAAAUCUACCAGGAGCAAUCAACAAUUUGCCUUCGGGACCACGUUCCUUCUUGGUUAACGCCUUCGAUGGUGUAAACUGGGAAAAGGAUCCUGAGAAAGAUGCUGCGGGAAAGGCUGCCAAUGGGUCGCCUCCGAACAAUUCUCUCGGUGGUCAUACGCCGACUGGCGAUGGAUUUCCCAUGAAAUUUGCAGACAUCUCGGGCCCUAAUCCGGUGUUUUUGUCCCAGACGGGUAAUGCGGUGAUGAUUGACCAUGCUGGUCGUCCAACACAGCACAGUGCAAAUCCAACCACACCUAACACACCUGUUGUACCUUUCUAUCAGGUGCAACUACCAAACUCCGCGGGACAACUGUCUAUUGGGCCAAAUGCCCAGGGCAGCACUUUACCGGCUGGCGCAGCCAAGGGCACCACCACGAAGACUUCGCCAAAAUCAAAGAAGACUACAAAGAAGAAGUCCAGUGCUGCCUCCAGCGCUGCCUCCAGUUCUGCUACUGCCAAUGUUAUAAAUGCUCUGUUUCCCACAAGCAUUCCUGUUCCAUCAGCCAGUCCGGCCAUUGUCGGUACUGCGCAGCCAAAUGCCUCAUUCCCAAUCGUUCAGAAUCUGGGAUAUUCCCAUGGAUCACAGGUCAACCCAAUUUUUCUGGACAUGCCAGCACCCGUUUCAGCCAUUACUCGUUCAGCGGUCAAGUCACUUACCACAAAGUUGACGUUUCCUCCACUUCCGUCUCCAGGGUCGUCUCCUGUGGCAAACUCUAGCUCCUCGAGCUUUGACGCAUCUGCUUCUCAAGCCUCCUCAAUGACUACUGCCCAGACAACACAGUCCACCAUUUCAUCACUGUACUUCCCAGAGAGCAAUAUGCAGAUUACCUCCACGUCAUCUGAUCUUGAGACUAGUUUUGAGUCCUCGGCAGCUCCUCCACCUGGGUCCACCGAUGAAUCCAGCAAUAUUUCCGCAUUAACGGAGAGUGAGCUGACUACUGCUGACCAUGAUGACUUUGAUGAGCUCUUCGCCUCCAUUUCAACACCGGAGCUUGAGCCUUCUGUACCCAAUGAGGCUGCCACACCUGAGGAUUCUCAACCAACCGACUUCAACAACGAUUACCUUGAUGGCUUCUUCGAUUUCCUGGACACACCCGGGAUAGCACCUUCUGGUGAAUAUGCCGGUAUCGGCGUAUAUGAGACUCAGCCAGUUAGUCUUGGCUUCGAUAUGACGGGUGGCCAGUUCGAUCCUAUGGCCGAUGUGGAUUUCACCGAUAUGGAUUUCUUCGACAUGGGUUUCGAUAAUUGGACCGACCUCGACACUGCUCAGUAA